UUGACGUUUACCCAUGGUCACACGUGCGAUUCUGCCAGCUCUUGUAUGAAUUAAAAAACCAAAAGUAAAAGGAGUAAAUAAAGUUAGCUGAAAUUGUCAAAAUAUGAAUCAACAAUUUCAAAAUAUAAGAAAUAAUGGAGAUAAAGCGCAAUUGCAGGAAUUUGUCCAAAAUUCGAAUGCGGAAGAGCUCACGAAGAUAGUACGCCAUAGCAUUUGUAAGACGGAUUCACUCGAAAUAUUCGACGAUAUUUUGCAAUCGUUUUCCGAUACUGAAGCUUGUCAAUUGAAACGACAUAAAUUAGUCAAAUCCACGUUGAAACUAUUGGGGAAAGCUAAGGUACCCGCAAGAGACGUGGAUGCCGUCAUCAAUAGAAUCAUUUUUGACAUUCCCAAAUAUUCUAAACAAUACCUCGUUAAACUCGUGGAUUUUUGUGUUGUCAGUAUUUGCGACAAUGAUGAUAAACUACAAAGCUGGAAAGAUUUAUUGCCUGUGUUGCUUGAAGCAUUGGAGAAUGAAAAGUACAUUACUCACGAAGAUGCAGAAGUUUCUGGAGCUGAAUAUAAAUCAUUAACCAUUAAAAGAAUAUGUGAUUAUCGUUGGAACACCGAUCUUCUGCCAUCCUUGGCAAAAAUGUUUGGGGAUAUGGCUUUAGAUAAGAAUGAUCACAAAGAAGUCCUCAGAACAUUAUGUCGUGCUCUGUCUGAUCUGUCUUUGGACCAAGUGCCUCCUUUUGUAUAUCAAGCUCUAAAAUUGUGUAAAGUUCAGGACAAGCAACAUCUUUUAGAUACUCUGUGUAAAUACUUUGACAAUUGUUAUUCGAAAGCAAUUGCUUUGGAAGACAAGGAUAGUAUUGAAGACAUUGGUUUAGUAAGUACAAAAGAGGUACGAGAUGUUGAGAGUACCGUGUUAUACCACGUGUAUCAAGCAGCGCUAUUGAAUCACGAGAAUAUGAAAGAUUUUCUUCGAUAUUUUAAAAGUAUAUCUCAUGCACCAGAAUAUACUCUAAAACCAUUCGUAUUUGCUGUAUUGCUCUCUGUUUCUAGCAUACACGAGGAUCAGAUCUUCGAAAUACUGAGAUUGGCAAUCAUUAACAACAGCUUGAACAAAGAAAGAAGAAAAAGUAAUGCAUGGUUGAGACAACUUUUACCCUCUUCUUGUAAUAUCAUCGAAAUUAUUCGACAACUCGUUGAUAGCAGCAAUAAAGAUCGUCACUUAGUACUGAAAGGACUCACAGACCUAGCGUUUAUGUUAAUGAGCUCAGAUCAAAAGGUGAAAAAUAAUGCAACAGUCGUGUGGUCUGUUGGAUCAGAAAUAGUUCGAGAAGUGAUGAAAAAACGCCAUGAAACGGUUGUCAUUGUAUUACAAGAAUUGGUUCAUAAAAUAGUGGGAGGCGGCAUAUCAACGACUCACUACACAGAUUGUUUAAAAUAUGUCUGUCGUGAAUUAUCAGUAAUCGUUUUGGAUCAUCAAAUCUGGAUCACGACUCUUCUCGAACAGUUACUACUUUUACCUACUGUAGUGGCUACUCAAAUUUUAUACGCUAUUUUUCCAUUGAUGCACGUCUCGCCCAACAUACGAGUUAGUCUUCUUCUAAUUCUAAGAAAAGCUCUUUAUAGAAAAGGUAUAUCGAAACGACAAAUGGCGGUUACUGGAUUUCUCGAGAUGUUAAAGUACUCAAAAAUGCAUUCUUUGGGUAGCUUUAGACUCAGUCAACGUUGCAAUCCCAACUCGUACGCUGUUAGUUCUAGUUCCAGAUCAACGUUAACUCAGGCAACGUUAGAAUACAACACACAAAAGUCAAAUACGGACUGCGAUAAAACUUUAUGUUACGAGAUACUAGAUAUAUUAAAGAAGAGCUUUACCUACGAAUUCGAAGUCAGACUACAUCUAUACGAAGGUACAGGACAGAGAUUCUCUAUUCAAAAAUUCCUACCUAUCACGAAUGAUAUAUUUUCAGGCCUCUACGCUUCCGUAACGAAAAACCUUGAAAUAACUGAGAUCGUCCUAGACAUGCUCCUUUCGCAUUUAAAUCUCUACUUCGAUACGGAUGAUAAUACCUUACCACCUAUAAAAUUCGAGAUGUGUACAAGCGUUCAUGGGGUGGAGAUAGUCUUACAAGAACCUAUCGGGGAAUUGAUAUUUGUAGUACAAAAGAUAUACGUUGAUAUAUUCCUGAAGAAAUCGAAGACCUUCGAUAAGCUGCACACAGUUUUAGAGUCACUAUGCGCGAGAAUGGCAGCUACCGAAUUGGAGCAUUUGAAUCUGGAACAUGGGCUAGAUUUUUCCGAUGAUUUGAUGAAAUCGCAAACAAAGUUAAAAAGUCUUGGCAUCGCAGUUACAAUUUACGAGGCCCUAAUGGCGUUUCGUAUAGGAGAAUGUGUCAAAGGAAAUCAAGGAAGUUAUGGCAAGAUCAACGAUUUGUUCAAUGGAUACAUGCGAUUGGGGGAUUUUGUUAAAAUGCAAUCCACAAAAACGAAGAAAUUCGAUGGCAAUAAAUCUAAGAAGGAUAAAGAUGCAAGUAAUACAACGAAAAAGCACGGGAAAUCGAAUAAUAUAAAAAUGCCAAGCACCAUUAUGGAUUUGGAUACAAUUCAUCAAGCCUUAAUACUGUUAUAUUCACGGCCUUCCUCAACUCAGAACGAUGUCAAUCUUCGAGAAAACAGCAACUUUUGUCGCUACAUAUUUCAAACAUGCGAACAGAUUUUACAACGAACCAAAUCGUUAAUGGCGGAUACAUCUCAAACGCAACCUAAUCAGUACAUAGAUACGUACAUAGAAAUCGGAGGGUUAUUUCAUGAGUAUUUUUUGUUAGUUCUAACUGAUGCAUUAGCAGAUGAUGAACAGUUAGCGAUAUUAGCCUUGCAGUGUUUUAAAGAGAUUUGUUCUUGUAUAUGUACUACAUCGUCCUCGUCAGAGUUUUCACGAUUUCUCGAUAGGAUUUUACGGUCGAAGAAAGAUUCUGUACCAAGAGAUGUCAAUUCUCAACUGCAAGAAGUUGUUUCCUCGUUGGACAAUUACUUAAUAGCAUUGAUCGACGAAGAAAUAGAUAGCGAUACGAAAAACAAAGUACUAUUGCUAUUGUUACAAAUUCUGGAACAAUUCAUAUCUAAAAUUGAUUUUGAAAAAUGCAAUCUCGAAAAGGUUGGUAUAUCCGUACUUAGUUAUACAAAUUUUAUCAGAGAAUCGUUUCUUGUAAAUACUGUUAUUUUUGUGUAUAAAAAAAAGGUGCACAAAUGCUUCAGCAAAAUGGUUCGAACAGAAAACCUUGCGAGUUCUAUCAUUCCUGCUAUUAUUCAGUUUCUGUUACGACUAGAAGAAUAUACUCAAGAGCACGGGGAGACGUUAAACGAGAUUUGUCUGAAAUUGUGUGAAAAAGUUGGAACUAUCGACGGCAGCGAAAUAUCAAUGAACGGAGAAUAUCAAAUUAUACGCGAGGAUACUUUCAAGCAAAUCUACAACGUAUUGAACGAUUACAUAAAAGAAAAAUUGAAUAACGUUUCUUGGCUGUUGCUGCGAUUGAAAGCAGAGGAUAUCAUAUCCCGAGCACCUGGAACAAUCGACGAAGUCUGGAAUAACAAUUUAAGAGAAAAAGAGCGAAAUCUGUGCAAGCAGUUAUCCCAUCUUAUACACGUAGUCCAUAUAUUAAGUAAUACGGCGAUAGACCUUGGCCCGUGUACCGAUGUCACGUUCAAAAAUUUACAAUGUUUGUAUCAUCUACUCGGGAAUCUUACAAAAUAUUUCUAUGCAAAAUCCAGCAAUCAAAACGCAGCAUUUCAAACGGCCAAGUUCAUUCAAGUGGUACAAUUAGCUGGCAAACCUUUAAAAUCUGCCUUUUAUAAUCUAGUAACCUAUGUCGAGGAAAACCAAAAUAAAUUAAAUUCGAAAUCCGAUUCGCACGCGCGGAGGAACAAAAUUUUAAAGGAGACCAAAGUAAUACCGCGAGUGGUAUACGAGAUCGAACAAUUCAACAAGGAAGUAUUGCUACUAGGCAAAAGGACGGGCAUACCAUUGGAGAACUACAUGAAGCAUAGCGUGACAAGAGACUUUAGAAUUAAGAAUUCGCAACUGGUAGAAAGUCUUGAGAAAAUGGAUACGAGCAUGCUUACUUUAUUGAACUCUGAAGAUGCAGAAAAUGAAACUCAUAGCUCGAAUUGUGAAGAAUUGAACAGCAGUACUGAUCAGGCGUCGCCUUCGAGAAAACGAUCCAGGAUGGAAGAUUGAAUUGUCUUGGUCAUAU